UCCUUUGUUUCAGACGGUGUCAUCAGUUUUCGAAUUGCGCGAUGAGCUCCUAGAAUGGCAACCGAGUACUGUUCCGAGGAGCCGUAUGGCAACUUUUCCACCAUCUUCGGCACGACUGACAUACCCGAAUGGGAAGCUGUCAUCACCAUCGUUACACUCACGUUUUUCAUCCUGCUAACUAUAAUAGGCAAUAUUUUGGUAAUACUCAGCGUAUUUACCUACAAGCCUCUAAGGAUUGUACAAAAUUUCUUCAUCAUUUCCCUGGCCGUAGCAGAUUUGACUGUAGCAAUACUGGUUCUACCUCUGAACGUAGCCUAUGCAGUACUUGGAAGAUGGAUAUUUGGCAUCCACAUCUGCAAGAUGUGGCUAACGUCCGACGUCCUGUGCUGCACUGCAUCGAUCCUGAACCUCUGUGCCAUCGCCUUGGACCGUUUUUGGGCGAUCACGGACCCCAUCAACUAUGCUCAAAAGAGGACUGUGAAACGAGUACUUCUCAUGAUUGCAGGGGUGUGGAUCCUGUCUCUACUGAUAAGCUCCCCGCCUCUAAUUGGCUGGAACGAUUGGCCCGAACCAGACGACUUCCAGAAGCAGCAGAUCUGCGAGCUAACGAAGAGGCAGGGAUACGUCAUAUACUCGUCACUAGGAUCAUUUUUUAUACCUCUGUUCAUCAUGACCAUAGUUUAUGUCGAGAUUUUCAUUGCAACGAAGAGAAGGUUACGUGAGCGAGCACAAGCGGCGAAAAUAAACAUCUCCAGGAACCAGGGUCCAAAGAAGGACGAGCAGCAAGAUAGAGAAAGCGUCAGUAGUGAAACCAAUCACAAUGAGAGAUCGGUCGGAACAACAGAAUCGGCCAAUGGAAAAACGAAGGGUAAGACGAAAAAGAAGGACAAGGAAGACUGCAAUACGCUUAAGCCGAUCUUGAGCCAUGAAGAUUCGCUUACUGAUAACUGUGAGAACUCGUCAUCAUCUCCAAAGAAGAAUUCAGUCGCAGGUACAUCAGAGCAUAACAAAGGCAUCUGUGCCUCAAGUACGAGUAUUAUGAUCUCAAAUAAUAAGCCAAAUGCAAAGACCGUUUUAACAGAACCAAAGAAGCCCGGCUUCGUGUACCAGUUCAUCGAAGAGAAACAACGCAUCUCCCUGUCAAAGGAACGCCGUGCUGCACGUACCCUCGGGAUCAUCAUGGGGGUGUUCGUCGUAUGCUGGCUACCCUUUUUCCUCAUGUACGUCAUCAUCCCCUUCUGCCCCAUCUGCUGCCCGUCCAGGCGGUUCAUCAAUUUCAUCACGUGGCUGGGGUACAUCAACUCGGUACUUAACCCAAUCAUAUAUACCAUCUUCAACAUGGACUUCAGAAAAGCAUUUAGGAAGUUGCUGGGUUUUUCGCAAACGUAAAUGCCAAACACUCAACAUGUGGUGCUAGUUAGAGAACGAAUGAUAUUCUAGUCUGUAACAAUUUUUUGAAGUUUUUUAUAGUUUCGUUUAUAGUGUAUGUUGAGAUUAUUGUAUAAACCUAGAUUAAGCAACAAUAAAAAUCGUAAAACACGUUCUUUGGAGCUAUGUAACUCAAAGGAAAACAAAGAUGUACAUGUAUGAAUAUGUUCGGAUUUGAAGUUUAGUUCAUUAGAUUGGCCAGAAUGUCAUCAGGUUAUUUUUACUGAAGAAAAAUUGGUUGCCAAAAACACAUGUUCAAGAUACUCAUAACAAUACCUUCAGGAGAAGCAAUGCUCAAGAACCCAGAUAAUGUUUUUUUCUCUAAAUUCAGUUUUUGCCUUCAAAACACGUUUUCAUGUAAGAAAUAAAAAAGGUUUUCCGGUUCAGUUAACAAGAAGGGCAUAGCAGCAUAAAAAAUGGUUUCCAAUGUUGGUUUUCUUGAUAAAUGUAUUCAGUAUCUAUUUAAAAAAAUAUUAUUUCGUAAGAAUGAUGAUGUUACACCCUACACAGAAUAUUGGGAACAAUUUUACUUCGAGGAUUGCGAGUAUCACAAGAAGUGAAGAAUGGAAUGUGGAUGUAGGAUUGUGCUAUCGAAAACCGUUAUUUGAAAUUUCCCCAAGGAGCUACAAGGUGCCUUUUGUCAGUAACGCAGUGCGACGCCUCAGUCUCUUGCUUUGCGGAUUUUGAUAAUUAUGGGUUGGAGAAU